AUGGUUGAAGAUAAUGUAGUAGAGAUGGUUGAAGAUAAUGUAGUAGAGAUGGUUAAAGAUAAUGUAGUAGAGAUGGUUGAAGAUAAUGUAGUAGAGAUGGUUAAAGAUAAUGUAGUAGAGAUGGUUGAAGAUAAUGUAGAAGAGAUGGUUGAAGAUAAUGUAGUAGAGAUGGUUGAAGAUAAUGUAGUAGAGAUGGUUAAAGAUAAUGUAGUAGAGAUGGUUGAAGAUAAUGUAGUAGAGAUGGUUAAAGAUAAUGUAGUAGAGAUGGUUGAAGAUAAUGUAGAAGAGAUGGUUGAAGAUAAUGUAGUAGAGAUGGUUGAAGAUAAUGUAGAAGAGAUGGUUAAAGAUAAUGUAGUAGAGAUGGUUGAAGAUAAUGUAGAAGAGAUGGUUAAAGAUAAUGUAGUAGAGAUGGUUGAAGAUAAUGUAGAAGAGAUGGUUAAAGAUAAUGUAGUAGAGAUGGUUGAAGAUAAUGUAGUAGAGAUGGUUAAAGAUAAUGUAGUAGAGAUGGUUGAAGAUAAUGUAGAAGAGAUGGUUAAAGAUAAUGUAGUAGAGAUGGUUGAAGAUAAUGUAGUAGAGAUGGUUAAAGAUAAUGUAGUAGAGAUGGUUGAAGAUAAUGUAGAAGAGAUGGUUAAAGAUAAUGUAAUGGUUGAAGAUAAUGUAGAAGAGAUGGUUAAAGAUAAUGUAGUAGAGAUGGUUGAAGAUAAUGUAGUAGAGAUGGUUAAAGAUAAUGUAGUAGAGAUGGUUAAAGAUAAUGUAGUAGAGAUGGUUGAAGAUAAUGUAGAAGAGAUGGUUAAAGAUAAUGUAGUAGAGAUGGUUAAAGAUAAUGUAGUAGAGAUGGUUGAAGAUAAUGUAGUAGAGAUGGUUGAAGAUAAUGUAGUAGAGAUGGUUGAAGAUAAUGUAGUAGAGAUGGUUAAAGAUAAUGUAGUAGAGAUGGUUAAAGAUAAUGUAGUAGAGAUGGUUAAAGAUAAUGUAGUAGAGAUGGUUGAAGAUUAUGUAGUAGAGAUGGUUGAAGAUUAUGUAGUAGAGAUGGUUAAAGAUAAUGUAGUAGAGAUGGUUAAAGAUAAUGUAGUAGAGAUGGUUGAAGAUAAUGUAGUAGAGAUGGUUGAAGAUAAUGUAGAAGAGAUGGUUAAAGAUUAUGUAGUAGAGAUGGUUAAAGAUAAUGUAGUAGAGAUGGUUAAAGAUAAUGUAGUAGAGAUGGUUAAAGAUAAUGUAGUAGAGAUGGUUAAAGAUUAUGUAGUAGAGAUGGUUAAAGAUAAUGUAGUAGAGAUGGUUGAAGAUAAUGUAGAAGAGAUGGUUAAAGAUUAUGUAGUAGAGAUGGUUAAAGAUAAUGUAGUAGAGAUGGUUAAAGAUAAUGUAGUAGAGAUGGUUGAAGAUAAUGUAGAAGAGAUGGUUAAAGAUAAUGUAGAAGAGAUGGUUAAAGAUUAUGUAGUAGAGAUGGUUGAAGAUAAUGUAGUAGAGAUGGUUAAAGAUAAUGUAGUAGAGAUGGUUGAAGAUAAUGUAGAAGAGAUGGUUAAAGAUAAUGUAGUAGAGAUGGUUAAAGAUAAUGUAGUAGAGAUGGUUGAAGAUAAUGUAGAAGAGAUGGUUAAAGAUAAUGUAGUAGAGAUGGUUAAAGAUAAUGUAGUAGAGAUGGUUGAAGAUAAUGUAGAAGAGAUGGUUAAAGAUAAUGUAGUAGAGAUGGUUGAAGAUAAUGUAGUAGAGAUGGUUAAAGAUAAUGUAGUAGAGAUGGUUAAAGAUAAUGUAGUAGAGAUGGUUGAAGAUAAUGUAGAAGAGAUGGUUAAAGAUUAUGUAGUAGAGAUGGUUAAAGAUAAUGUAGUAGAGAUGGUUGAAGAUAAUGUAGAAGAGAUGGUUAAAGAUAAUGUAGAAGAGAUGGUUAAAGAUUAUGUAGUAGAGAUGGUUGAAGAUAAUGUAGUAGAGAUGGUUAAAGAUAAUGUAGUAGAGAUGGUUGAAGAUAAUGUAGAAGAGAUGGUUAAAGAUAAUGUAGUAGAGAUGGUUAAAGAUAAUGUAGUAGAGAUGGUUGAAGAUAAUGUAGAAGAGAUGGUUAAAGAUAAUGUAGUAGAGAUGGUUAAAGAUAAUGUAGUAGAGAUGGUUGAAGAUAAUGUAGAAGAGAUGGUUAAAGAUAAUGUAGUAGAGAUGGUUGAAGAUAAUGUAGUAGAGAUGGUUAAAGAUAAUGUAGUAGAGAUGGUUGAAGAUAAUGUAGAAGAGAUGGUUAAAGAUUAUGUAGUAGAGAUGGUUGAAGAUAAUGUAGUAGAGAUGGUUGAAGAUAAUGUAGUAGAGAUGGUUAAAGAUAAUGUAGUAGAGAUGGUUAAAGAUAAUGUAGUAGAGAUGGUUAAAGAUAAUGUAGUAGAGAUGGUUAAAGAUAAUGUAGUAGAGAUGGUUAAAGAUAAUGUAGUAGAGAUGGUUAAAGAUAAUGUAGUAGAGAUGGUUAAAGAUAAUGUAGUAGAGAUGGUUAAAGAUAAUGUAGUAGAGAUGGUUAAAGAUAAUGUAGUAGAGAUGGUUGAAGAUUAUGUAGUAGAGAUGGUUAAAGAUAAUGUAGUAGAGAUGGUUAAAGAUAAUGUAGUAGAGAUGGUUAACGAUAAUGUAGUAGAGAUGGUUAAAGAUAAUGUAGUAGAGAUGGUUAAAGAUAAUGUUGAAGAAAUGGUUGAAAGCUAA